CAGUUGUGCCCAAUGAGUAUAUCCAGGUUAAUAACUGUGCUAUAUAUAUAUAUAUAUCCAUGGCAGCCUGUGCUUCAGUUCACUGUAUCCAGUUGCACAAUGUAUAUCCAGUGCAGGAUUUGUCUAAGCAGCAGUCGGUUUGUUUCCUCAGCUGUAUGAAAGCAAUAGAUCCACUGCAGAUACUCGCACUAAAGCAGCAAUAUACUCCAAGCAGACUUUGUACUAGCAGGGCAAUGCAGCCAGUGAACUUGUUGUGCCACUGCCCUCUCCCAUGGAAUCCAGGCAGGACGGGUCUGCGGAAUGUACAGACUAACGGGGGCAUCUUGCUCAGUGUUACAAAGUAUCGCGUUUGAUAUAUGGGCAAAUAUACACAAUAUUCCCCUUCAUUGUGUUUCCGAGCACUGUUUGUAAACAUCCUAGAGGAAAAGCAGACCGGACGCAGGGAGAAGUAGUACAGGAUGCGCACUGUGCGUAUGCUACUCCCCUCUCACAGGGAGUGGUCUCUCCCUGGCGGCCAUGUCCGCGGUUGCUUGGAGAAGGGAGGAGGCGGAGGAGGGAAGGGAAUAGACGUACAGUAUAGCCGGGCUGCGCUGCCAUUGCACUGUAGAGCCGAGCGCUGGGAGAAGUGCGAAGUGGAGGCGCGACUGAGCGCUGCCAUUUCAGGAAAGAAGUCCUUGGAGCGGCCACGGGACUGAGCUGGAAUAAGGGAAGUAAGAAAGAAACUUUUGGGCUGCCUCCCGGUUACUCUGCCCUCAGCGGCUGUUGCUUUCUCUUCCGUGAAAGUUCCGUUCCCCCGCCCCGCUGGGACAUGAGCCUCCGGCUGGUGUGAGGGCCGGGGGAGCCGCUCGUCUGGGGACUCAUACUGACACCGGCCCUCCAGGGAAAGGGGGCUGAGUGCGGGGAAUCAAGAUGUCGUCUAGAGCGGCUGCCAAUAAGAAUACUGUAAUGGAAGAAACUGCAAUAUGGGAACAGCAAACAGUUACACUCCACAGGGCCCCUGGAUUUGGAUUUGGCAUUGCAAUAUCUGGAGGCAGAGAUAACCCACAUUUUCAAAGUGGGGAAACCUCUAUUGUCAUCUCUGAUGUUCUUAAAGGAGGGCCUGCAGAAGGUUUGCUGCAGGAAAAUGACCGUGUUGCAAUGGUCAAUGGGGUUUCUAUGGAUAAUGUCGAGCAUGCCUUUGCUGUUCAGCAGUUGAGGAAAAGUGGAAAAAAUGCCAAAAUUACAAUUAGGCGGAAGAAAAAAGUGCAACUUCCAGUAGUUCGUUCUGAACCAGACCCAGUAUCUGGGAAUGAAGAGGACAGUUAUGAGGAGGAUGUGCCUGACCAGAGAAGUGCCCACAGUGGUCCUGGAACCAGCAGGAGAAGUGAGAAAAGCUGGGUGAGGGACAGAAGUGCAAGCAGGGACAGAAGUUUAUCACCAAGAUCUGAUAGAAGAUCUGUUUCUUCCAAUCAACCUUCUAAACCUACCAAAGUGACCUUGGUGAAAUCUAGAAAAAAUGAAGAAUAUGGUUUAAGGUUGGCUAGCCACAUAUUUGUAAAAGAAAUUUCCCAAGACAGUCUUGCUGCAAGAGAUGGAAAUAUUCAAGAAGGAGACGUGGUGCUUAAGAUUAAUGGCACAGUCACAGAAAACAUGUCUUUGGCUGAUGCAAAAACAUUAAUAGAAAGGUCGAAGGGCAAAUUAAAAAUGGUAGUUCAAAGAGAUGAAAGAGCAACUCUACUUAAUGUCCCAGAUCUAGAUGACAGUCUACAUUCUGCAAACGCCUCAGAAAGAGAUGACAUUUCAGAAAUUCAGUCGCUAACAUCAGAUCAUUCCAACCGUUCACAUGAUAAACCUCGGCGCAGCCGCUCACGGUCACCGGACCAGAGGUCAGAGCCUUCGGACCAUUCCAGACAUUCUCCACAACAGCACAGCAACAGCAGUAGUCGAAGUCGAGAAGAUGAGAGAGUUUCGAAACCUGGUGCGAUAUCUACUCCCGUUAAGAAUGUAAAUAGUGUACCUGUUUCCCGAACUGCAGAAGAACCUUUAUUAGAAAAGGCGGAUAAACAAACACCUCCUCUUCCAGAACCAAAGCCAGUAUAUGCCCAGCCAGGACAACCAGAUGUGGAUUUGCCAGUCAGCCCAUCUGAUGGCCCUUUUCCCAAUUCUACACAGGAAGAUGGCAUGCUUCGGCCGAGCAUGAAACUGGUGAAGUUCAGGAAAGGAGACAGUGUAGGCCUUCGUUUGGCCGGUGGUAAUGAUGUUGGAAUUUUUGUCGCUGGUGUAUUAGACGACAGCCCUGCUGCAAAAGAAGGUUUGGAAGAAGGGGAUCAGAUACUCAGAGUUAACAAUGUGGAUUUCACCAAUAUAAUUAGGGAAGAAGCAGUGCUGUUCCUGCUUGAUCUGCCCAAAGGAGAAGAGGUUACUAUUCUUGCUCAGAAAAAAAAGGAUGUGUAUCGCCGGAUUGUUGAGUCAGAUGUUGGGGAUUCAUUUUAUAUAAGAACUCACUUUGAAUAUGAGAAAGAAUCACAAUAUGGAUUAAGUUUCAACAAAGGAGAGGUCUUUCGAGUUGUGGAUACUCUUUACAAUGGGAAGCUUGGAUCAUGGUUGGCUAUAAGAAUUGGUAGAAAUCACAAGGAGGUGGAAAGAGGGAUAAUUCCCAACAAAAAUAGGGCUGAACAACUGGCUAGUGUACAGUACACUCUUCCUAAAACUGCUGGUGGAGAUCGUGCAGACUUCUGGAGAUUCCGUGGCCUUCGCAGUUCUAAGCGAAAUCUACGAAAAAGCAGAGAAGAUCUUUCUGCGCAACCUGUUCAAACAAAGUUCCCUGCUUAUGAAAGAGUCGUCUUGAGAGAAGCUGGAUUUCUCAGGCCUGUGGUUAUUUUUGGCCCAAUAGCCGAUGUUGCAAGAGAAAAGUUGGCAAGAGAAGAACCAGAUAUUUAUGAAGUAGCAAGAAGUGAACCAAGAGAUGCAGGUACUGACCAGCGCAGCUCUGGAAUUAUCCGUCUUCAUACUAUUAAACAGAUUAUUGAUCGGGAUAAACAUGCUCUUCUUGAUGUGACUCCAAACGCUGUGGACCGAUUGAAUUAUGCACAAUGGUAUCCAAUAGUAGUGUUUCUUAACCCAGACUCUAAACAAGGUGUGAAAACACUGAGAACAAGAUUAUGUCCAGAAUCACGCAAAAGUGCCAGAAAACUAUUCGAACGUUCACACAAACUACGCAAAAACAAUCACCAUCUUUUCACAACUACAAUUAAUCUCAAUUCCAUGAAUGAUGGCUGGUAUGGAGGCCUUAAAGAGGGAGUACAACAGCAACAGAACCAACUAGUGUGGGUCUCAGAGGGCAAAGCAGAAGGUGGCACAGAUGAUGACCUUGAUUUGCAUGACGACCGUCUUUCCUACCUAUCAGCACCAGGUAGUGAAUAUUCAAUGUAUAGCACUGAUAGUAGGCACACAUCAGACUAUGAAGACACAGACACUGAAGGAGGGGCUUAUACUGACCAGGACCUGGAUGAGACACUUAAUGAUGAGGCUGGGACUCCACCAGAAUCUGCAAUCACACGAUCUUCUGAACCAGUCAGAGAAGACACAUCAGAGAUGCAAGAAAACCCAGCAUACCCAACAUAUCCACCUCAGCCAAUCCUUAGAACAGAUUCUCCUGGGUAUAAAAAUGUACCUUCUCAACAGAAAGCAGAUGCCUUACCUGCAGCCCCUUACCUUUCUGUGUCGUCUGAAACAAACCUUACAACUUCAACUGCUGCUGUUAAUCCCACGGUAAAACUAAAUAAUGUUCGAUUGGAGGAUCCCAACCUUGCCCCUUACAGCUCUUAUCAAGCACAGGGUGGCCCCUUGAGAUCACCAAGCAAUGAGACAGCUCAUAUUAUACUAAGAGACCAAGAACCUUCAUCUUUACCAGUCCAAAUUGACUCAGCAAAGGUUUAUAGAAAAGAGACUUAUGCAAUGGAAGAGAAUCCUAGACAAAAUUAUUUGAUGAAGCAGCAAGUACCUGGCCAUCAAAUUCAAAGACAUGAAAAAGAGUCUAAUUUAAAGUAUGAUGGCAUGCCAGCGUAUGCAGAGAAACCACUGAAUAGAGAAUAUGACCAGUCUUAUCGCUAUGAUUCUACAUCAGAUUAUGUAGAUCAGUUUCCCCACAAUUACGAUGCUCGAAUAAAUUACGACGAUCAUGUGCCUACAUACGAUGAACAGUGGGGUUAUUAUGAUGACAAGCAAUCAUUUCCCCAGAGACCACCAUUUGAUGGUAAACGUAAUAGGGACUUCAAUAUCAGACAACACUCUGAUGAAAACCUUGAGCAUAAUUACUUUCCCCAGCAGCCUAGAUUGGAGGAGCCACCUCCUGUUGCUUUUGACAAUCGCCCCCGCCCAUCCCAAAACUACAAACCAACCCAAGUACAUUAUGAAGACGCACCAUCAGUAGAUUAUGAUAUGCAUAUGCGUUACAAACCUGAACCUCAAACCAUUCCUUCUGUGCCAACAUCAAAGUCUUCUGAUACAAAGCCGUAUUUUGAUCAACACAUAAGAGGUUAUGAACAUAGUCCUUCCCAGGUAUUUAACACAAAGCCAGGACAGUAUGAUACAUCUCCUAGAACGGAACCAAUGCCACCUCCACCUGCUCCGAGUAAGCCAGAGCUCCUUUCAACAAGCUCUAAACCUUUCCCUGCCCCUGCUCCUGCCAUUCCUUCUGCAGCUGAAGACGAUGAUCCAGCUAUGAAGCCACAGUCUGUACUUACUAGAGUGAAAAUGUUUGAGAACAAACGUUCUACUCAAGGUGAAAAGAACAAGGAUAUGAAUGAUUCCACUCUUGUUAAGGCCCCAGACGUUGCACCUAAACCUAUACUUAAUCAAGUUAAUGCUCCAAAGGCUGCCUCCAUUUCUCAUUAUGAGCAGGACAAGGCAACUUAUAGAGUACCAGAACCUCAAAAGCCUCAAGUGAAGCCCCCAGAAGAUAUAAUUCGGGCUAACCACUAUGACCCUGAUGAAGACGAGGAAUAUUAUCGAAAGCAACUGUCUUACUUUGAUCGAAGAAGCUUUGAAAAGCCUACACCCUUGCUGUCUGGAAACAUCCUGCCCGAGCCUGCCAAACCAGCGCAGUCUCAAAGUCAACUUAGCUAUAACAGCUACCCCUCCAAGGGAAAACCUGCAGAUUUGGAGCCUCUUGACAGACCCAUUAGUGAGAAACGUUAUGAUCCAGUUCCGCAGGUUACUUCUAACCAGUAUACCCAGCCUUCUCCUGUGGUUGUAAAUCAUUCAACACACACUAAACAUAUGCAUUUAGAAGCCAGCUCUGUAUCUGUGGAGGUUCCAAGUUCCACAGUGUCUAAGCCAGAGCCCCCUCCAACUCAGGCCAAGCCAACAUUGUUCAGACCAUCAAAUAGAGAGGACACUGUGCAGUCAAACUUUUACCCUCAGAAGAGCUUCCCUGAAAAAAGCCCUGUAAAUGGCACUGAACAGGCUCCAAAAACAGUUACACCAUCUUACAACCGUUUUACACCCAAACCUUACACAAGUUCAGCAAGACCCUUUGAACGCAAGUUUGAAAGCCCAAAGUUCAACCACAACCUCCUGCCAAAUGAAGCACAAGUAAAGCCAGAGAUGCCCACCAAACCUCAGAAUUCUCCACAGCCUGUUUUAAAAUCAAAUAAUACGUCAAUUUCUUCUGAACUGGAUAGUAUAUCCAAGCAGUCAGAGAACAAAUCUAAAUAUCAACCAAAUAAUGUUAAUCCAGUGCCUAAAGCAAUCCCAGUCAGUCCUUCUGCACUGGAAGAUGAUGAUGAAGAUGAUGCACACACAGUCGUAGCAACAGCUAGAGGCUUCUUUAAUAGUAACGGAGGUGUAUUAAGUUCCAUAGAAACGGGAGUCAGUAUCAUCAUACCCCAAGGAGCAAUUCCAGAUGGCAUUGAACAAGAAAUAUAUUUCAAAGUCUGCAGGGAUAACAGUAUCCUGCCACCCUUGGACAAAGAGAAAGGAGAGACGCUACUUAGUCCAUUAGUAAUGUGCGGACCUCAUGGGUUAAAAUUCGUGAAACCAGUGGAGCUGCGCUUACCACACUGUGCGUCUAUGACUCCUGAUGGUUGGUCUUUUGCUCUAAAAUCAUCCGACACCUCGUCGGGUGACCCAAAACACUGGCAGAACAAGUCACUUCCUGGCGACCCCAACUAUCUUGUCGGAGCAAACUGUGUGUCCGUUUUGAUAGACCACUUCUAAGCCUCCACUGUAAUGAACGGAAAUAAUGUGAAGCCAACUUGGACUUAAUUAUUUAUCGUAACACACCCUAUUGAGUAUUAACUGAUUAUACGAUAUCAAUGAACUCAAUAGUAUUAGAACUUUUGCCUGAACUUGCAUUUUUAUGAAGUAGAUAUUAAAAGCCAUGGUCAAAAUAUCGGCCUCGAAACGGGCAUGCGAAGGUGGUGCCACUGAAAUAUCUUCCCUGUCCUUUAUAAAAUAAUGCCUUUCAGCUGCUUAGUUUGUCUCCAAAGGACCAACGCUCAAACACUACAACAAUAGUUUUCCUUAACAAUAACCCUAAACCUCAGUUGUUGCCUAAUAACAUUUAAGCGAAUUGCUAGAGCUUUUGAAAUUUCACGUUUUGGUUGUGCCCUUUUUGUUUUCUUUGAUAUCGAAAACUGCCUGUUUUUUUUUUUGUUUUUUUUUUUAUUAUGAUAAAGAGUUCACAUAUUUGGUGCUGAGAUCCUGAUCUGUGACACUUAGCUUGAACCAGUGUUGGAAGGGCCCUCAGCAGCAAACAAUUGUAAACUGCUAAUAACACCAUCUUGUUCAUACUCACAAACACUGCUACGACUUUGGCAGAGUAUUAAGUAGCUCCUCUUGCCAUAAGCUAGUUAACCCACUGGUUGUUAAGACAUUUUCCCAGAAAACCCCCUAUUUGGCCAGAAAUGAGGAAUAUCUGUGCCUGAGGACAGGGUAAACUAAUUCUCAUAUAGAAUUCUUAUAUUCAGCUCUGACCUGAAAUGUGUUCUCUACAUUUAGAGAACCAUUUAGUUAACAAACGGUGUGGUUCAGGUGCUUCCAUAGAUUUGUAAAAAAAAAAAAAAAAAAACCCUAACCUAUUUACUAUACAGUUAACCAGCAGGGAUGCCUUACCCUCAUGUAAUGUCUUCAGUCUCUAGUUUUCUUUAUUACAAAGUUCAUUGGCUUUCUGCGCAUACUUAGGGUAAUGUAUAAUGACAAAGAUUUGAAAAAAAAAAAAAAAUAUGAAAUAUUGUGAACUCAUUAUUCUCUUCUGUUGGUCAGAUGAGACUGAAGGAAAUUGUAGGUUUUCUGCUAUGCAUUUGAAAAAAGAAUUGUUACAAUGCCUGUAUAUAAAAUGCGUGCGUACCACUUUUUUUUUUUCUCUUUUUUUUGUUUUUUUGGGUUUUUUUUUUUUUGGUUUGUAAAUUUAACUUUUUUAAGCUUUACUUUUUUGUAUAAAAAAUACUGAAAGUUUCUUAAGGAUACCUUUGUACUCAUACCUUUUUUGAGCCUUGAACUUUGUAACAUCUGCAGCAAUAAAAGCAGCAUUUCUACAAUACUCACCACAAGAACAUUUUGAAGCAAAAUGCACAAAGUUGCUACCUUUAUAAAAACGCUGAGCAUAAAUUCUCAGAUUUCUGUAGUUUGAUUAAUAUCGUAAACUAUCCCUGCUGCAAUUUGUGAUAAGGAUGCUGUAUUAUGUGCCCUGAAAUGUAUUUUUUUACUAAUAGACAAUUUAUUAUGGCACAUGCGCACGGUCUCUCUAUAGAAGAUACAGCACUGCAUUCUCUUAAUCGGUUAUUAGUUCUUCACGUGUGGCUGAUUUUUUUUUUUUUCCUUUGCAGUUAUUAAAAAUUACACAUUUCUAAAUAUAUGAAAUAAAAUGGUUUUAAAAUAAAAAAAAAA